AUGGCAGCACCUUCCAAUGAGAGUAAGAAGAAGGAGACGAGCAGCAACAACAAAAAUCUGUUCACAAUUGCCAUGAAAGGUGAAUGGAAAGACGUCGAGAAUCUUUGCAAGGAAGAUAUCCGACGUCUAAAAUUGAAGAUCACAAAAUCAGGUGCCACAGCGCUGCAUGUAGCGGUCGGUGAAAAUCAAGUUUACACUGUUAAAGAACUUGUGCAGCUGAUUACCGAAAAGAAUUUACCAAAAGAAGUGCUCACAAUUCAAAACGACGCAGGCUAUGCGCCUCUCCAUGUGGCAGCAUCGACGGGAAAUGAGGUUAUUUGCCGUUUGAUGGUGAACGCUGACCCUUCUCUAAUCGGUGUUCGGAACAAGAAAGGAGAAACCCCUCUCUUCUUGGCCGCUUUACAUGGAAAAGCUAGCAUUUUUCUCUACUUACACUCUAUCUGUGGCACUAGUUAUGGCUAUUCCUAUGCCAGAAGGAAAGAUGGUGACACUUUUCUGCACGCUGCAAUAGCAGGGGAACAUCUGGAUUUGGUAGAUAAGAUAAUUGAUAAUUAUGAAGAGCUUGUUGGAGCUGUAAAUGAGAAAGGUUAUACUCCCCUCCAUAUUCUGGCCACUAAGCCUGCUGCUUUCCCAAGUGAUGAUGUAAAGAGGUUCCAAGAAUCCGAUAAUGGAAGCGGUAAACAUGAUAUUUCUAAACUCAAGGCACAGACUUCCAUCGUUUGCGACUUUAUCGAUCUUUGUACCAAAUCAACAUUGAACCUUAUUGGACUAGGAACUACAUAUACAAUGAUAAAUGAUUACAUUGAAGACAUGCGAGAAAUUAAAAAGAAGCAUAAAUGGAGUGUUGAAAUCAUGAAAAAGAUCCUAAGUAAGGCUACUAUCUAUGAGUACGUAGACACUGCAGGUCCAAAUCGGGACCCCGAACAAGUACUCGAUGAAAACGAAGGCAUCACAUUUGAAGCUAUUCAAAAAGGUGGUAAUUAA